AUGUCCUCAAGUAGUCAGAUUUUUUCCAACAGUCAACAUUCAAGAAAAGAUGAAACAUCAGAAGAUGAUAAAACACAUCAUGAUGAAACAUUUACGGAUAAUGAAGAGAUAUUAGAGGAGACUCUUGAUUUUAAAGAUCCUCUUCGUAGAGUUAAAUUAUAUCAUCUAAGUGAUUCUGGACAAUGGAUAGACAAAGGAACGGGCCAUGUCCAUUGCGAAUCACAAGAAACUUCCACCGAAAAAAACCUUGUUCUCAUUUCAGAAACAUCGGAUGAUGUUAUUUUGAACUCUGCAAUUUCUACAGAUGAUAUUUAUCAAUUACAAAAUUCAACAUUAAUAGUUUGGAGUGAUCCAGUCAUGAAAAUUGACAUGGCCUUGAGUUUUCAACACACGAACGGAUGUGUCAUGAUAUGGAAUCAAAUAAGAAAGGUUCAAGGAAAACGACCAGACGGAAAGGAAAUAGUAGAAAGGAAUAAUCAACCUGAAGAGGAUGAUGAACUAGGCGACAUGGGAGAUGAUGCAGAUGACGAUUUAGUGAAUAUAGGUUUAAAUGGAAGUUCUCUGAGCAUUGCAUCAACAUCAAGCACUAUACAAAAAAUUGAGCUGCCAGAACCAUCGGUAAAGAAUUUAUCGUCGAUAUUAUCAACAAUUCUCGAACAUAGAUUUAGAGUGGCAAGAUAUAUCAAAUCAGAUUACAUUUCAAAACUAUUUGAUGUUUUUAACGAAUGUGAAGACAUUGAUAGUGUUGAAAAUUGUAGGAUUUUAUUCAAGAUAUUCACAAAUAUUAUCUCUAUGGACGACCCUGACAUUCUAGAUAUUCUUUUAUCUCCGAAUAAUAUUAUGAAACUUAUCGGAGUUCUUGAAUAUGAUCCAGAUUUACCAACUAAAAAAGCCAAUCACAGAAAUUACUUACAAAAUGUUGUAGUUUUUAAGGAAGUAAUUCCAUUCAAUAAUCCAACCAUCUUGGAAAAGAUUCAUCAAACUUUCAGAAUUCAAUACAUUAAGGAAACCAUUCUCGCAUCUAUUAUUGACGAUCAAACCUUUGCUGCUCUUAGUACUAUAAUAGGAAGAAACAAUAUUACGAUAAUUACAGCAAUCCGAGAUGACCAAGAAUUUUUGACAAAAGUUUUCUCCACACUUUUAUCUAAUGACAUUUCUGUUGAAAAACAGAAGGAUCUUUCUAAAUUCCUUUCAGAGUUUUUCAAUUUAAUGAAACAUCAACACAUCAACACAAGGUUAGAAAUGUACAAGAAAUUUAUUACAGAUUAUCCACUGCUGGAUGUUGCUGAAAAAUAUCUUCAAAGCUCAAUUGCUUCUAUUCGACAUAUUUAUUCUGAAAUUCUGAUUUCUCUUGCUCAAACAGUUCAUCUAAGCUUUUUGGCUGAAAUCAAACAGAGACAAAUGAGAAAUGAUUUUGGAUUCUUACGGGUGGUCAUUAAAACCAUUGUAUGUGAAUCCGAAUUAGGUAUACAGGAUAAUCUGACCGAAGUCAUCAAGUUGUUAAUGGACCCUGAAACGCUAUUAUCUAACUCUGAUCAAUUUAUAGAUCAGUUUUAUAAGCAUCAUAUCGAACUGGUUGCUUCUCCUAUUCUAUCUCCUGAGACGACCAUAAAUACCUUUAAGAAGGUUUCUGUGAGAGUGAGCUGCAUCAUUCAUUCCCUUGAACUGCUUUCAUUUGCAGUCACAAAUCACAAACAUCGAAGCAAGAAUUUUUUAAUUUCACAUGACGUGAUCUCGAAAGCCAUUCACUUGCUUGAUGUAUAUAAGGAGAAAGAUUUAAUUCUUUCAGUAAUUAGAUUUUUUAAAACUAUUAUUGGAAAGAACGAUCUCCUUCUUCACAAUUAUAUUUUAACUCACAAUCUUUUCGAUCCUGUUAUGGAAAUUUGGAGGAAAAAUGCUACAUGCUACAAUCUGAUAAAUUCUGCCAUUAUUGAUUUGUUUGACAUGAUGACACGUCUGACAAAUACCACUCGAUUAAAACAAUAUUGUGUGGAAAGGUUUAGAAGUGAUUUUGAGAAAGUAACAUAUAUUGAAACAUUCAGUCAAUUAAUUUCACAACAAGAACAAAAGGAAAAGGAUGAGAAUACUGAAGAGUCCCAACAUGACAUUGAAGAUGAUGAUGCAUAUUUUAACGACAGUUAUGAAACUCAAGAAGAGUCACAACAUAACACUUCUCUCAUUGCGCAAGAGUCUUCUCCAGAACAUGACAUGACAACGACUGGCAGCAAUACUACAACCCCAGAAGAGGAAGAUGAACUUUUUUUCAGUCUGGCCAAUCAUAAGAGCAGUCAUAAUCAAGAUGAGGAUGAGUAUGAUGAUGUCUACUCUGAAAGCUCUGCUGUGACUCACAUUCCAAAAACUCAUGAGAAUGAGCCAUUGAGUCCACACAAGCAUUUACAAAUCAGUUUGAAGGCAAAUACCACCUCACCAACAAAAGGAGAGGUAGAACCAACAGCCAAAAAGGUUAAGUUAUAA